AUGGCUUUUCUCUGGCUCCUGCCCUGCCUCGCCUUCCUGGGCACUGCCCAUGGCUGCGGCCUCCCUGCCAUCCAGCCUGUCAUCAGCGGCUACGCUCGAAUCGUGAACGGUGAGACGGUGGUUCCUGGAUCCUGGCCCUGGCAGGUCUCCCUGCAGGACAACACCGGCUUCCAUUUCUGCGGCGGCUCCCUGAUCAGCGAGAACUGGGUGGUCACCGCGGCUCACUGUGGCGUCAGCACAAGUCACCGUGUGGUUCUGGGGGAAUUUGACCAAGGCUCUCCGGCCGAGGAUGUGCAAGUCCUGCAGAUUGCACAGGUUUUCAAGAACCGCAAAUUCAGCAGUGGCUCCAUGAAGAACGACAUUACCCUGCUCAAGCUGGCCAAGCCAGCCAACAUGACGGACCGUGUGUCCCCGGUGUGCCUUCCUGCGGCCACUGACAACUUCCCUGGAGGCCUGACCUGCGUGACCACAGGCUGGGGCCUGACCAAUCCCAGUGCCCAGAACACCCCGGACCGGCUGCAGCAGGCGGCCCUGCCCCUGCUGACCAACACGCAGUGCAAGAGGUACUGGGGCAACAUCCCUGAUGUCAUGAUCUGCGCCGGCGCCGCUGGAGCCUGCUCCUGCAUGGGUGACUCCGGCGGCCCCCUGGUGUGCCAGAAGGACGGCGCCUGGACCCUGGUGGGGAUCGUCUCCUGGGGAAGCAGCACCUGCUCCACCUCCAUGCCUGGCGUUUACGCCCGCGUCACCAAGCUCAGGGCCUGGAUCGACCAGAUCAUCGCGGCCAAUUAA